AUGGCGUCCAGAGUUACCGAGUUAGAUGCGUCGACCUUGGACACCGACUUCCUGAAUGUGAUCAUUACGAACUUGGAAUUGUAUCUCAGCGAUGUUUCUGACUCUCCGGUUUGGACUACUGUAUACAAGUAUAUCAAACGUUCAGUACCUCUUUUGUAUUAUGUACCGCUCGUUGUAAAAGGUAAAAAUAAGGCAAAUUUCCUGAAUUUUUAAGGUUCCUCUCCUGGUCAACAACUGUUGGGUUGUCGUUUCGGUAAUUUUACUGUCCGAAAUCGUCUGUUUCUAUACUUGCUAGAGCAUUUAGCUCCUUUGGUGUUAACAGCUAUCAAAGAGGAUGUGCAUGCUCCUCAGAUUACCACAAGUGUGGAGAGGAUAUUAACAAUAACAGCGUGCCUUCAACUCGUUAACUACUUGGUUUUCUUGUCAUCAGGGGGAUCCUCAACCUUUGUUCGACGCUUUAUGGGAAUAAACACCGAGGUCAAAAAUAAUGCUCUUCAAGGUAAGUAGUAACACUCUAUUCAAGAUAUUUAUGUAAUUUUAGGCCGUUUAAACAACGCCAAUGUCAACCGGGAACUUCUUGGACACUGCCUCGCUAAUAUUUUUAUGGUGAUGAAGCCAUUUACAGAACUAGUCAAGACGUACUUUCUAAGGAAUACCCUAGUCCCUCGAAAUGUAACUACAAAUAAUGGGGUUGUUUGUUGCCAUUGUUCGGAUCUCGCUGUAGUCGCAUUAGAAGCGCAAAAAGAGAAUGGAGAAACGGUUGUAUUUUGCAACUACUGUUACUAUGUGGCAAAACAAAAACAAAGAUUUAUUUCUGUAACAACGUUUAGUUUGGCCAAAAAUUAA